UGAUUAGUCAGAUGUCAGCAACGGCUGCGUGUGCCUUCCCGGGCCUUUCAUCAAGUCGUAGCUGCAGACGUCCUCGUGCGUGCUCCUUUCCAGUCAGAGCGGUCACUGAUGAGCUCCAUGAUUUAGCUCUGCAGAAUAUUAGUUGCUCGCCAGCGAGCACUACUGGGCGUUAGAGAGAGGAUCAAACACGGCGAGGGUACCAACAGUUCAACACAGGACGCAGAUUCUAAAAGCUUACGGACCCCGGAAGCAUCGCAGACAUGGGGAAUGCCGCUAUUCCAGUCGGUACGUAUCCUCGGUGGCAGUAGCUGCGACAGUUGUAGUAAUGAUCGCCCUCAUCAGAAGAUGCCGCGUCGUGAGGAAGAAGAUGAAGAAGAAAAUCGUGAAGAAAAUCCUGGACGAGAUUGAGAGAAAGAACCGCGAGCGCGAGAUGCAGGCCUGCAACGCCUUGGACGACGUGGUGAUCGAGAUCGGGCCGGUGGAGAAGUUCCUGCACGAGAUCCUCAACGAGAAGCCCAUGCGUUUCAGCCCCGAGCAGCUGGCGGCCUGCACUCGGAAUUUCUCAUCGGAGUUGGGGUCCGGCGGCUUCGGCGUGGUCUACAAGGGCGACUUGCCGAACGGCCUUCCGGUGGCCGUCAAGGUCCUCAAGGUGUCCAUGAACAAGAAGGUCCAGGAGGGGUUCAUGGCGGAGAUCGGCACCAUCGGCCGGACCUACCACGUGCACCUCGUCCGGCUCUACGGUUUCUGCUUCGACAGGGACACCAAGGCCCUGGUCUACGAGUUCUUGGAGAACGGAUCGCUCGAGAAGUACCUCUACGGCGACGAGGAGGACACGGCGGCGGCGCCGCCGAGGCUGGAGUGGAAGACGCUGCACGGCAUCGCCGUCGGCACGGCGAAGGGGAUCCGGUACCUGCACGAGGAGUGCCAGCAGCGGAUCGUGCACUACGACAUCAAGCCGGCCAACAUCCUCCUCACCAGCGACUUCACCCCGAAGGUGGCCGACUUCGGGCUGGCGCGGCUGGGCGAGCGGGAGAACACGCACAUGUCGCUGACCGGCGGCGGCCGCGGGACGCCCGGGUACGCGGCGCCGGAGCUGUGGAUGGCGCUGCCGGCGACGGAGAAGUGCGACGUGUACAGCUUCGGGAUGGUGCUGUUCGAGAUCCUGGGACGGCGCCGGAACUUCGACCCUGACCAUGGCGAGAGCAAGGAGUGGUUCCCGAGGUGGGUGUGGGAGAGGUACGAGCAGGGCGAGAUCAGGAGCGUCGUGUCCUGCGACGGGAUCGAGGAGGCGGACAGGGAGAAGGCGGAGAUGAUGUGCAAGGUGGCGCUGUGGUGCGUGCAGUUCCAGCCGGCGGCGAGGCCGACGAUGAGCAGCGUGGUGCGGAUGCUGGAGGGAGAGAUGCCCAUCGUCCCGCCGGUGAACCCCUUCCACUACUUGAUGGACAGCAGCGGCGGCGGCUCAACAAGCUCGGGGCUGUGGAGCGGCACGUACCAGAGCAGCAGGGACACCGCCGGCAGAGACAGUGAGGUGUCAUCAAUGAGCCCUGCUGCCAAGUCGGAUGACGCGAUGAUUCAAGAUGUUAAGCGGACUCACGCGUCGGUGUCAAUGAUUUAGAAUUUGUCAUCUUGUACACAUUUGUUAAUGUUUACAUCACGUACAAUUAGGGGUGUUCUGUCAUGCUGGAUAUUUGAUAUUAAUUAGAAAUAUUAAAUAUAAUCUAAUUAUACGAAUCUA